AGGAAGCAUGUCUGAGGCUGCGGCAGUGCUCCGUAGUCAGUCCCGAAUGAUUGUGACCAGCGGCCAUAAGGACUUGGGUCCUUUGGAGUUCACCGGCCGUAUUGGUGGUGGAUUGCGCGCUGACUUGAAGCGCCGCGCUCCGUUCUAUGCGAGUGACUGGACAGAUGCCUUCCGUCCCGAGAACAUGCAGAAGUCUGCCUCCAUCAUCCUUUAUCUCUUCAUCGCCGCCUUGGCACCUGCCAUUACGUUUGGCAGUCGUUUCUUGGACGGCACUAAUGGCCAAUUUGGUGUGCUGGAGAUGAUCAUGUCCACCGCCAUCAGUGGAGUGCUGUUCAGCACCUUCUCCGGGCAGCCGCUGUCAAUCUUGGGCGCCACUGGCCCCUUCCUCGCCUACACCUUGGUCGUCUAUGACUUGGGCAUCGCGAUGAAAUUGGAGUUCAUGCCCUUAUACUUCUGGACCUGCAUGUGGUGCGCCUUUAUCACGAUUUGUGUGGCGCUCUUCGACCUUUGCGCCCUCAUGAAGCACGUGACCAUGUUCUCCGAGGACAUUUUUGCUGGCCUCAUCAGUUUGAUCUUCAUCAUCGAUGGCAUUCGGCCCAUCAUCCAGAACUUCUCGGAUGGCUGGUUUGGUGGCACCAGUUCGAUGUCCUUGAUGAGCGCCAUGUUCGAGGCAUUGCUCUUCUUCUACACCUUCGGACUCGCCAUCUACCUGUCCCACUUCCGCCGCACUCCCUGGCUGCUGAGACCCUUACGGAACUUGUUUGCCAACUUCGCGGUGACCAUUUCGCUCGUCACGGCCAGUGCGUUGGCCGCCAUCUACAAGACGGAGACCAAUCUGCGAAUGCUGAACGUGGAGGCAGAACUUGCGCCAGCACUGACCCUGAGCACUGGUGCCAAGCGCCCCUGGAUCGUGAACCCUAUGGGCAUCGAGACCGAGUUCCCUUGGUGGGGUAUUGUCUUCGCCAUCCUGCCUGCUGUUGGCUUCGCCGUGCUUGGAUACCUGGAUCAGAACUUGACCAGUGUCAUAGUGAACCGGCCCUCCAACAAUCUCAAGAAGGGUCCUGGCUACCACCUGGACCUCUUUGUGCGUGGCGCUCUGACACUCCCCGUUUGCGCGAUUUUGGGUUUGCCGCUCUCGGUGGCCUCCACAGUGCCUUCGAUCACCCACGUGAUCUCCCUCACGACCUACGAGGUGCAGCAGCUGCCUCAGGGCGAGCGCAAGGUGCCGGUGAAGGUCGUGGAGCAACGAGCUACGAACUUCCUCAUCCAUGUCUUGAUUGGCUGCGCGCUCCUCUUAGCGCCCGUGCUGAAGUUCUUGCCACGCUCAGUCCUGCAAGGAGUCUUCUUCUACAUGGGUAUCGCAUCUUUGACAGGCAACAACUUGUUUGAUCGAUUGUUCCUGUGGUUGGUCUGGGAACCCAAGAACUACCCCGCCUACACCUACAUCCAAAAAUUGCCCGUCAAGCGGGUGCACCUCUAUACCUUUGUGCAGCUCAUUUGCUUGGCAAUCCUCUAUGGCCUCAAGGCGAUUAAGGAGACCUCCGUGGUGUUCCCAUUCUUCAUGGCUUCCCUGGCCAUUAUCCGCAAGGCCUUGAGGUUCAUGUUCACUGCCGAAGAGCUCAAGUAUUUGGAUUCUUAUCCUGAUGCAGAUGAGGAAGACGCCCUGGAGCCUCAACCGGACCUCGAGAACUUGCCAGAGGAGCCGAAGGUGGCCGAGGCCGAGACUGCGCAGAAGCACACGGACAUCUAAAGAUGACAGACAUCUAGAGAUGUCGAAGAAAGGAGGGAAUGCUUGCGAACGCAGUGUUUGAAUAACUUUUUUUCAGCAGGUCGUGAGCACCUUUUCGCGGCCAGCAUGUUUGGUGGAUUUUCGGCAGCCGAGCCGGACCACGACCAUGGAAUGGACACAAAAACGAG